UUGUCUACAACACAGCUUUCGAAUGUACACUUAUAAUAUUCUUAUAUUACAAAUUUAAUAGUGACUUAUGAAAUGGAAAAAAAAAUUAACGAUAAUAAUUCUAGUUUAAUGCAUGAUUGGUCUAUUCACGCGCAUUUAAAAUUAACACAACAACCCAAUAAUAAUCUACCAUUGUCCCAGCAACCAUGUUACGGAUUUCAACGAGGAAAUAUUGUAUUUACUGCCCAGCCACCUCAAAGGACAGAUUCUGGUCUUGGCAGUUCAUCUCGUGGAUCAGCAUGUGAUUGUACUUUUAAUAUAGCACCUCAAUGUGAAGUAUGUUGUGGUAUAAGAAGUCCCAUGUCAGCUAGAAGAGCACAAAGUUUUACAGCACAUUUUUGUACCAAUGUUCCGCCGAAAAAACAUCUAGAAACUGUGGAUGUAUCUAGUCAGACAUCCCCUUCUACUUCAACUGUCUUAACAAAGGAAAACACCAACAUCUUUAUAAAAAAUCGUAAAUUUGAAUUAGAUAAACAUAAAAAACAUCAUGCCAGGACUGUGCAUAUUGAUGUUUACUGCACAGAAUCUUCAGAUUCAGAUAAUACUUUAACAUCUAAAUCUACAGACACAUUACUUGAUUUAUCAGAUGUCAAAAUUAAAUGCAAAAAGAUAUCAAAAAAAUCUCAUAAGAGCCGAAGUCAAUCAAUAAUGUCAAAUAAAAGUAUUUUACAAAGAAGUCCUUGUUUGUCAGCAAUAAGUUCUACAAAUACAAUAUCCAAUUCUUCUUUUUACGAGUCAUCUAGUUGUGGUUUAUCUUCAUUUAUGGAUUCAACUACUUUAGAAAACAGUAGUUUAAAUAGUUUUGAAUCCGAAAAUAUACAAAAAAAAUACCAAUCAAAAAACUAUGAUGACACGACAAGUAGUAGUUCAGAUGACGAAUGUUCAGAGACUGCCUGGAGUUUCAAUAGCAUUGGUUCUCAAAAAAAUCAAAUUCUAGCAAGACGCCCAUGGUCUAAAGUAAAAAAUACAAACGACGAUAUGGGCAGCUUUAGUGACUGUUCACAAUCACCCAUGUAUAGAAAGCCAUCAAAUUCUACAAUUGUUAUGACUCAAGUUGCUAAAAUGGCAUCAAAGUUUGGACCUAUGAGAUCACCUGUAAAACAAGAUCAUCACAUUGGGCCAUCAAAGAAUCCAGAUUGUUCAUGUUUUAACUGUCGCAGGUAUUACAGUACCAGACAUAGAUCGUAUUCCAUUGGUGGCGAAGCUGGCCAAUCAGAAAUAUUGACAUUGUUUAGAAAAUGUCUCUAAUUUAUUAUUUAUUAUAAUUCAAACAUAAAUAAAUUGUACUAUUUUAUAAAAUCUUUUGCAUUAUGUAAUUUAUUAAAUUUUAAGAUGACAAAAAAAAAUAAUGUAAAAAUGUUGGAUUUAAUCCAAAUAAACGAAUAGAAGUAAUUACAUAUUAAACUGAAAAGUAACCAAGGUUGUAUUUUAGAUUCUUUUUUACAGCCAAAAAUUUUAAUCCAGGAAAUAUAUUUAGAUACAUUUAAGUACAUUUUAUGAUUUUAAAUUAUUAUAAAAAAAUAUUUAUAUUAAAUCAUUAAAAACAUACUAAACAAUCAUGGAUAUUAAUGAAAUAAUUAUAAGUUAUAAUAUAUUUAGUAUGGAGAUUUAUCAAUCUAGAUAAAAAUAUAAAAAUGAUUUUUAUAUUUGUUUAUCAAUAUUAAUAACUAAUAAGUAACAACACUUCAUAAAAUAAAAUGUAUCUUACAUUUAUACAGUUUUAAUUAUUUAUAAAUUUAUCUUGUGAUGUAUAGUUGAUGCAUAAUUAAAUAAUACCAAAAAUAUUUUGUUUGACAAUCUUACAGGUUUAAAAAAAAAUUGCAAUUCAUACAAAAAUCAAACACUAACCUCAUCUAUUUAUUUAUUAUACUAAGGGCUGUUCUUACAAUGUCCAGUUAUGUGUCAGUUAAGACUAACCGGCAGAUUUCUAUCAGUAACACAAAAGAAAUUCUGCCAGUUAGCGUUAUCAGACACUUAAGAGGACGCUGCACAGACAUUUGUUGUCUCAGUAUUACAAGUGGGUAACAUACCAAAUUUUACACUCAAAAGAUCACGUUUAGCUGUGUUAGCUUAAAAACUAGAGUGAAUUGACCUCAUAUAAAAUUUAAAAGUAAGAUGAUUAUUAACUAAAUCUCAUAAGCUUUUUAUUAUAUUUUAAUUUUAAAGCGAGUUAUGAAUAUUUUAAGGUGUAUAAGCAAUUUAAAAUUUUAAAAUAUCCACAACUCGUUUUCAAAUUAAAAUAUAAUAAAAAGCAUGAGAUAUUCUACAUAAUAAUCUUGCCUUAAAAUUUUAUAAGAGGUCAAUUCACACUUAUUUUUAAACUAAUAGAGCUAAAAUGUGAUCUGCUGAGCAUAAAAUUAGCUAUGUUACGCACUUGUAAGACCGAGACAACAAAUGUCUGCGUAGUGUCCUCUUAACCAAACAUUGUAAGAACGGCCCUAACAUAAUUAUUUAUCCAAUAAGUCAUGUUAUUAGUUUCUAUUAAAUACUUAAAACAUAUUAUAUUUUUGUAUAUAAUAUUGUGUAGCUCAUUAAACAAUUAUAAAGAU